AUGGAAGAUCUGCAGCUUGAGUAUCAGCGGCUCAAACGUCGCCACCUCCGCGAGAGAAAAGAGCUGCAGGAUCGCAUCGUGGCCAUGAAGAAUUCGGUCCCGAAGAACGACAAGAAGAAACGAAAGCAGUUGCUCCUCGACGUGGCCCGCCUCGAGGCUGAAAUGGAGCAGAAACAUCAGCAGGAGCUGGAGAUGUUCACAGAGCGUCCCCCUGCCGAUAGCGACAUCGAUUCUGUCGCCGCGGGCCUGGCCAAGAUGGAUCUUGAGAACCAGCCUCCUUGCCUCUCGAGAGCCCAGCGAAGGCGCGAAAGAAGGGCGGCGCUCCAGAGAGAGCGCCAGAAAAUGGCGGCCGCCGACGCCGAGGAGGUGGGGUACCUGGCCGCCUGUCGCCGCGAUGAGGAGGAGAAGCUGGCGGUCAUCCUGGGGGCCAGGAACCUGGAGCUGAAGGAGAUCCCGGCCGACAGCCACUGCCUGUACCGCGCCAUCCAAGACCAGCUGCCGUUCUCUGUGACCCUGGAGAGCCUGCGGAGCCGCACGGCCGCCUACAUGAAGAAGCACGUCGACGACUUCCUGCCCUUCUUCAGCGACCCCGAAACCGGCGAUGUCUACACCCGCGACGACUUCUUCAGCUACUGCGACCGCAUCGUGCGCAGCGCUUCGUGGGGAGGCCAGCUCGAGCUGAGGGCCCUGUCGCACGUCCUGCAGCGCCCUAUCGAGGUGAUCCAGACGGAGUCGCCCGUCCUCCUCGUCGGGGAGGAGUACACCAAGAAGCCGCUCACCCUCGUCUACAGGCGCUACACGUCCAGCUUAGGCGGGGAGCACUACAGCUCGGUGAAGCCACUGGAAGCCGAAGCCGGCGCCGUGGGGGGCUUCUCCCCGCGGUUCCUGUAG